AUGCCCGUAUUAGCAAAAUGCCGUAAAGCGGAGCCCUACAGUGUAUAUAGUAUCCUGAUGGAUGUUUUUACAUCUGUCACAGGCCACCGAUAUUUUCUGGAGGAAGUGAUUGCAGUAAGUGAAAGUGAAGUAGAAGCUGAUGUCCCUGAUAGCAACAGUAUCAUCACCUCUCACACGUAUACACCUAACCAGCUCAGUAGCAAUGAGAGAUACAGUGGCAUCAGAAAUGACAGUGACACCGACAGCAGCAUUGGAAGUUCCAAACCAAGUCAUGACAAUAGGAGUACUAGUGCUAGUGUCACUGGAAGACAUGGUGGUAGCAAGAGGCAGCAAAGUAUUGGCAGAAGACAACAAGGUGGAGGAGCAAGGCAGUAUGGUAGUGGUGGUGCUAGACAGCAUGGUGGUGGAGGUACAAGACAGCAUAGUGCUAGUGGUGGUGGAGGUGUACGACAACACAGUCCUGGUGGUGGUGGUGUACGACAACACAGUCCUAGUGGUGGUGGUAUACGACAACACAGUCCUAGUGGUGGUGGAAGUGUACGACAACACAGUCCUAGUGGUGAUGGUGGUGUAAAACAACACAAUCCUAGUGGUGGUGGAAAUACAAGACAAAACAGUGCUAGUGAUGGUGCAGGUGCAAGGCAGCAAGAGAGUAGCUACAGCAUUGCUGCAACUGGUGAGGGAAGCAGCACUGGAAGCCAGUCUGAGCUGGAGCUCUCCCGACGUCAGAUGGACACCACUAUUCUCUUGCUCCAGCGCCUCAGUGACAGGCUUACUGCCACUGAGACACUACAGAAUCAGAGGGCAGAGAGAAUAGACACCAUAAACUACAGACUCACAAGAAUAGAGCUACAGGCAGAAGAGCGCAAAAGUGUCAUCAGUGAAUUAAGCAAUGCCCUACGUCACCGUAUGGAGACAACUGACAAUGAGUUGGACACAAUUGUAACACAUCUUGAUGAAAUCAAGUCUGGCAUCAGAAGUUUAAACCAACGACACAAUGAACUUAAAGCUACUGUUAGUGAAAUCCCUAAGGACUACGGCACUGACAGUGGGCAAAACCUUGCACUAAAACUGCAAGCUGUGGCAGCAACCACCAAUGGACUGCGGACUGCAGUGCAGGCAGUCAAAGAUGGCAUAUACCAAAUUGGGCAAAACUUAACCAUACUCAACAACAUCAGCCAAAACAUCAACCAACUGAGUCAAAAUAUAGCCACAAAGCAAUACAUGCGUCAGACUCUCAAUGAAAUAAGAAGCAAGGAUUCCUCACCAUCUAUGUCCAUGCUAGCACAGAUGAUUCAGCCUCAGGCCCUCAGACGAGGGCCAGGUAAUCAGGGUAAGGUCCUCACAGAGGCUGAGGAUUGCUGGAAGCUACAUAUGCAGGGUAAAAACAAGUCUGGGGUGUACCGCAUCCGACCAAGCUAUGCUACAGCUCCUUUCUUUGUCUACUGUGACAUGGAAACUGAUGGUGGUGGAUGGACAGUCAUCCAGAGGAGGGAGGAUGGUUCUGUUGAAUUUCUUCGUGAAUGGGCCGACUAUAAGUAUGGGUUUGGAAACUUGGCUGGCGAAUUUUGGCUAGGGAAUGAGAAUAUUUACUUACUCACAAACCAACGUGUAUCAAAAUUACGAGUGGAUCUGGCAGAUUUUGACCAACAAAGUGGAUAUGCAGUGUACUCUGCUUUUGCAAUAGGCUCAGAACUGGAAGGGUACUCACUCAAAAUGCUUGGACAAUACAGUGGAGAUGCAGGCGACUCGCUACGGUACCAGGUGGGACGCCGAUUCAGUACUAUAGAUGUAGAUAAUGAUGCAUGGGCAGAGAAAAGCUGUGCUCGGGAUCAUCAAGGUGCUUGGUGGUAUAGGGCAUGCGAAACAAGCAACCUGAAUGGGAGGUAUCUCCAUGGCCCAGUGCCAGCUGACCAUCAAUACACUGGCCUGUACUGGUAUGACUUCCGAGGACCCCAGUAUUCUCUCUGGAAGUCUAGUAUGAUGAUUCGUCGGGGAGGAAAUGUUGGAGAUCCCGUCUUUAAAGAUUUUAAGGAAGUUCAAAAGCAAGCAAGAAAACCAGGAUCAUCUAACAACCAGGAUAUAACAACAACAACUUCACCAGACAAUUUUAACCCAGACCAUGAUCCAUAUGCUGUUUAUGAAUAUCCAACUUAUUCAUAAAACUUUGUAUAUGGCUAAAGACAUGAGAAAAUACUUAGGACAUUUCAUUAUGAAAACAUUUAUGUCCUGGGAUCCCAUUCACUCCAAACAUACUACACAUGUCCUUAACCACAACUUGUCAGUAUCAUGCUGUACCAGGUUUUAACCAGACUUAGGAUGAAUAUAAUUAAAACUUAAGAUAUUGCAAUAUGAAGAACUACUUUAUCACAUGUGCUAUUACAAAAAUGUAAAGAAUCAAGAGUAAACUACAACAAAAUACAAAUUCAAAUCAUGGUUACAGAUUUGGGAUAAUGUACAGUGUACCUUCAUAAAACCAAACAAAAAUUCUGCUUACUCUGGAUUCAGAGAAAUAAAUGGGGAAAAACUAUAAAUUAAUUUACGUUGAGAAUAUAAUGUACCUAAUAUACAGCAGAUAACCGCAAGACAUCACAAAUACUUCUAAUGACAAAAUUAUAUCAUUUGAUAAUGUAAAUGGUUGAAAUAAACUUAAUGAAGAAUAGGUUGGUGGACUGCCAAUAAAAUGUAACUAUAGUCUUUUAAAACAUGUUGGUCAACUCUAAGGCUUAUUUCUAGAUAUGCUUUCAUCUAUAUUUUGUGGCAAUGAAAUGCAAAGCUUCAGUAAUUAAUAAAUACUGUAAUACUAA